UUGAUCCAGAGGGGCAGUGUGAAUGCCCCAGUAAAACACAGUUUGGAUUCGGGUGCGUUCAUUCCUCGGUGUUGUUUUUGACUCACUGAGUUCUAUACAAAAUGAAAACAGCAGCCUUGGUGCUCUUGUUCGUGGUGACGACCACGUUUGCCGCAGAACAGUCAUGUGUCGGCCGCUGUCAGGUCUUUGAUGCUAGCCAGAAAUGUCAAUGUGACAACAUGUGCAAAUACUAUGGAAGCUGUUGUGAGGAUUUCGAUACCACAUGCCGUAACAAAGUUGCCCGCGGGGACACCUUCGAGGUACCAGAGGGGGCGGAGCCAAUGAGCACUGAGGCCACUGUGGUAACCACCCUUGACCCAACCACCCUCCCUCCGACCACCGCAGCCCCAACCACCAUCGCACCCACCACCACCCACCAGGCACCGACCGAUCCACCUGACCCAGAUGCUGUCACCUGCAGCGGCCGCACAUUUGACGCCUUCAUGCAACUGAAGAAUGGGACCAUCUUUGCCUUCAGAGGUGACUACUUCUUUGAGCUGGAUGAGAGGUCCGUGAAGCCUGGCUACCCCAAACGCAUCAAGGAUGUCUGGGGAAUAUCAGGCCCCAUUGAUGCAGCCUUCACCCGUAUCAACUGCCAAGGGAAAACAUACCUCUUCAAGGGCAACAAGUACUGGCGAUUUGAUGGAGAUGUCCUGGAUGAGGACUACCCAAGGGACAUAGCCGUGGGAUUCCAGAAGAUUCCCAGUGAUGUGGAUGCUGCGUUUGCCAUACCCGCUCCUGGACACAAGGGGAAAGAGAAGGUGUACUUCUUCAAAGGUGACCAGUACUACCAUUAUGAGUUCCAGCAUCAGCCGUCUCAUGAGGAGUGCAUCCAAAUGAGCAAGUCCUCCCCCUCUGUGUCCUUCACCAGCUACACCGACAUGUACUGUCAAAACCCCUUCGACGACCUGUUCACACUCCUCUUCCAUGGAGUGGAUAAACACCACAAAGGCCCUCACUUCAUCUCCAAGGACUGGAUAGGCAUCAAGCCCCCAGUGGAUGCAGUCAUGGUGGGCCAGCUGUACAUGAGCGCCACCCCCACCAAAGCGCCCUCCACAGGGAGGAGCAGGAGCAGGCAGAGGGGCAGGAAGCCCCAGAGGACCAGGGAGAGUCGCUCGCUCUUCUGGGAGGACUUCGGCUUGGAUUACGAAGAGAGGUACCACGGCACAACGCGUAAUAAGAAGAAGGAGCGAGGCAGGCGCCCCGAGACCUUCACGGACCUCUUCUUCGGCACCCCAAUGGAGUACGCCGACUAUGAGGUGGAGGUGGAGGAGAAGGCCAUGCCCGCUCAGAAUGUCUACUUCUUCAAAAAAGAUAAAUAUUACCGGGUGGAUCUGCAGACCAAGCGGAUUGACUAUGCAAAUCCUCCCUAUCCCAGAUCCAUCGCAAAAUACUGGCUAGGAUGCAGCAAGGAAGACAGCAAGGCAGAAAAAUGAGAUCAUCUCAACUUUGUGCCAUGAAAACAAACAUUAAAUAUUUUCUUCUUUGAUGAAUCAAAAAUAAGAUAUACACUCAAACUUUAGGUUUAAAAAUAUAGGUUCAUGGCGAUCUGAAACAUGACUUAGAAGACACAGCUGAGGACACACACAAAACACACACACACACACACACACACACACACACACACACACACACACACACACACACAAACACACACACACACACACACACACACACACACACACACACACACACACACACACACACACACACACACACACACACACACACUCCCCCCUCGUUGCUUUGCUUUGAUAUCUCGAUCUUAUCAGUGUGUUUGUGUUUGCUCCCAUUUGCGCCCUGCUGGGCAUGGGAUCAUGCACUUCCAUCUAUCUUUAGCAAACACACUUCAAAAAGGGCAAUAUUAGGAGCACAACUGAUAAUGUACUGUCUAUGAAAUCCAUGAACAGAUUGUAUGUUUCUGAAUACUGAACCCUGGGUAGUUAAUGGAAGAUAAGAGUGUAUAUUUAGUGUGCUUUAGCAUACUUCCAUAAUAGAAUCCUACGUACACAAAUAAGGGGCCAUUAUAAUUCAUUAGAACAGUGAUUUGUUUGCUUGAUGUGAAACCAAACAUUUGUAUACAUAAAAUGGAUCUUCUGUGAAAACGCACUGCAGACUGAAUUACAUCAUGGAAUAUGAUACAUGUUACACAUUGCAUUUACCUCAGCACAAGUAGUCUAAUAUAUUUGAAAAUUAUGAACACAGA